UGAAAAUUCCACUCCCACUCCCACCACCUGGUCUCCAAAAAACCACCUUUUAGAGGAAGCUUCCAACGGCGGCCGCUGUUUUUUCUGGUCCAUUUUGACGGUUACUAAUAGCGACAAAGUGCUAUAACCGAAGCCAGUGGUCAGUGGACGCCCCUUUGUUUUGUCAUUUUUCCUUUAUUUUUUCUUCCCUGCCAAACACCUUCAUUCAUUCCCCUGCAAACAAACAACUAUACUAUCAUUUUUUUCUUCUUCUUUCUCUAUCUGUCUCGAUGAAACCUUGUAAUUUUCUCGCGCUUUCUCUUUGUUUCCUCCUACUUUUCCCUCGUUUUUCCUUUGCUUUCUUUCAUAUCCCUGGAUGGACCAGUGAAAACAGAAUAUUGAAGAAAGGUGUUUUUUCUAAUGCGUUUCAUCCAACUCGAAUCACCCAACUCUCUUGGCGCCCCAGGGCUUUCAUUUACAAAGGGUUUUUAUCAAAUGAGGAGUGUGAUCAUCUUAUUAAUUUGGCUAGGGAUAAGCUUGAGAAAUCAAUGGUGGCUGAUAAUGAAUCUGGGGAGAGUAUAGAGAGUGAAGUGAGAACAAGUUCGGGCAUGUUUCUUUUCAAAGCUCAGGACAAAAUUGUUGCAGAUAUUGAGGCGAGGAUUGCUGCAUGGACUUUCCUUCCACAAGAAAAUGGAGAGUCCAUGCAAAUACUACACUAUGAACAUGGUCAGAAGUACGAACCUCAUUUUGAUUAUUUUCGUGACAAGGUUAAUCAGGAGCUGGGUGGCCAUCGGAUUGCAACAGUACUGAUGUAUUUGUCCAAUGUUGAAAGGGGUGGGGAAACAGUGUUCCCAAACGCAGGGGCACAUAUGUCUCAGCCAAAGGAUGAUAGCUUGUCUGACUGUGCUAAGAAUGGCUAUGCAGCAGUGAAACCCAGUAAGGGUGAUGCUUUGCUGUUCUUUAGUCUUCAUCCAAAUGCAACUACUGACACCAAAAGCUUACAUGGGAGUUGCCCAGUUAUCGAGGGUGAGAAGUGGUCUGCAACCAAAUGGAUCCAUGUCAGGUCCUUCGAUAGACCUCUGAAGCGAUCGAGAAAUGGGGAUUGUGUUGAUGAAAAUGAGAACUGCACUAUGUGGGCAAAGGCAGGUGAGUGUAACAAGAACCCCAUCUAUAUGAUCGGUUCUGGCACUUCUGAUGGCUAUUGUAGGAAAAGCUGCAAUGCAUGCACCUCCUAGUAUGUUCUCUUCCUAACUUUCGCAUAUAGAGUGAGAAUUCAUACAUUAUCAACUGUAAAUAACAACAGGUUGUGCAGCUACGGCACAAUUGUUAGAUCUUUGUAAAAACUUUGUUAGCAAUCAUGGCAAUAUUAAAGUUAAAAGUGUCCAAAUUUAAGUUA